AUGGCUGCAUUCCCUGCGGCCAACCCUGUGGCCUACCAGACAUACGCAACCCCGAUGGCCGGAGAGAAAAGGAAGCGAUCAGCUGGGGUCAACAAGUCAGAGCUAAAUAUGGCCAAUAUGUGCUUCAGCGCAUACGCGUUACGCCUACAUAAGGCUGCGCUUCCUACGCCCACGGAAGACCUUGCUGAAGACUUUCGACAAGAUCUCUUUGAAAUGUUCACCCAUGCGCACACCAAAAGGAAUUUCGAGCAAGGCACAGCAGCUCGUCACGUGAUCCCUCGUCUCGCAGGCAACCCGAAUUCGACUCGGACAGACAAGGACAGGCUAGUCAGAGACUUCAUCGAGCAUUACAGAAGCGUACGAAAAGACCUAGAGGCCAUAGAGAAGCUUUACCUCAGCGAUAAGCCGGCCAACGACGAAUUCAUCGCCACUAUGCGCAGUCAUGUUGCUGGGCUGCAUAAGUCCUUAGCCGAUGCAGCCAAGUGGCGCGGCAUUUUGCGUUACACACCACUGUCUAAGGCAUGUCUCAAUUGGCUGAUUUGGUCGAUUGCCUACCGCAAGCCUUACCAACUUCUUGAUGACUUGAUCAACUAUAUUAACGAUGUGAAUGAUUGGCUCACCAUCCCACCACCAGAGAUGGACCUACAUCCUGACAUCCGGGCAGCCAUGAAGACUCUGAAAUGA